AUGCCAUUACUUCACUCUUCUCUUGUGCUCUUGGCUGUUAACAAUUACUUGGCUUUGUUUCAUUCUAAAUCCUCAAACCCAACCAAAUCUAAACAUACCCAAUACCCAGAGUCUGUGAGAGAUCCUCACCCGCCUUCAGUGCCCAGAGUGAGUAAAUUGAGAGAAACCAAGAUAGGAAAACGACCCAGAGUGAGUGAUGUUGACGAUGCCUUGAAGGUGUUCGACGAAAUGCUUCACUCGCGUCCUCUGCCUCCUGUUAUCCCUUUCAAUCAAAUCUUGACUCAACUUGUCAAAUUCAAACAAUAUUCUGCAGUCAUCGCUUUGAGUAGAAAGAUAGGUCUGAUCGGAAUUGCUCCUGAUUAUUAUACUCUCGCUAUUCUCAUCAACUGCUAUUGCCAUUUGAAUAGAUUGCUGUUUGGCUUAUCUGUCUUGGGUCAGUUCUUCAAAUUGGGUCUUCAACCAAAUGUUAUUACCUUUAACACUCUAAUCAACGGCUUUGUUCUCGACAAUCAAGUGCAAGAAGCGGCACGAUUUUUCAACAAAAUGCGUAAGGCAGGUCAUUGUAAGCCCGAUGUGUUUACAUUCAACACACUUAUAAAGGGCUCCUCCAAGACGGGAAACAACAGUGCGGCCAUGCAAUUACUUAGUAAGAUGGAAGAAAACGGUUAUAUGCCUGACAUAGUCUCCUAUAACACUGUCAUUGACGGUCUAUGCAAGGCCACACUCAUGAUGAAGCAUUGA